GCAAGUUCAUCUUAGUACAGAGCUAUAUAUAAACAUACAUAUACAUAUAUUCAUCUUUCUUCUGCAAUUCAGAGAAAAAAAAAAACUCAUCCAUCAUGGCAAGUGUCAACUCAGCUGCUGCCACUAUCAGAAGGCUUGAGGGGAAGGUGGCGAUUAUCACUGGUGCUGCCAGCGGCAUAGGUGAGGCCAUUGCAAGACUCUUCUCACAGCAUGGAGCUCAUGUGGUGAUAGCUGAUAUUCAAGACGAUGUGGGACUUUCUCUCUGCAAGGAGUUGGAAUCCGCUAUAUAUGUUCAUUGCGAUGUCACAAAUGAAGAAGACGUUGAAAACUGCGUGAACAUGGCAGUUUCCAAGUACGGGAAGCUCGACAUCAUGCUCAAUAACGCAGGUCAAUGCAACGAGUUCAAACGAAGCAUUCUGGACAACACAAAGUCUGAGUUCGAGAGAGUGAUAAGAGUGAACAUGGUUGGUCCAUUUCUGGGAACAAAGCACGCUGCAAGGGUCAUGAUUCCUGCUAAAAGUGGCUGCAUAAUAAACACAGCGAGUGUUGCAGGAUGCAUAGGUGGAGGCGCUACACAUGCCUACACCAGUUCAAAGCAUGGCCUUGUGGGACUUACCAAAAACACUGCAGUGGAGCUUGGACAAUUCGGUAUUCGUGUGAACUGUGUGUCCCCUUAUGUGGUUGCGACACCGAUGUUGGAUAAAUACUUCAAUCUUAAUGAAGAAGGAGUUCGUGAGGCUUAUUCCAACCUAAAAGGUUCUUAUCUUGUGACCAACGAUGUGGCCGAAGCUGUUCUUUAUUUGGCAGGUGAUGAGUCUAAGUAUGUUAGUGGUCACAAUCUUGUGUUGGAUGGGGGAUUCUCCAUUACAAAUGCAGGAUUUUCUCCUUGGCAGUCUCAGUAAAAGUAUUGUCUUUAAAGAACUAUGUUGUCGGUGUUUUGGGUUGGUGACUGUUCAGAAACUAUACCAGCCAACAACAUGUGUGAAGGGAGAAGGCAAUAGAUAAGCCGUUUUCGUAUUUGUACGCAAAACUAAAGAUACGUUGAAUGAUGUUUUAUUUUUCAUACACGCGACAUAUAGAGCUUUAGGAAUUUGUUUUGUUAUUCCUCCAGUGAUUAAAGGUGGAGAAAUUAUAGAGAGGAGGGGAUGAAAACAUUGUUGAAUCCACGUCUUGGCUACGAAUAAUUAUAUAAGUUUAAUAAA